CCUCUCGGCGUCCGAGGGGCGGGGACAGCACGGCGGCUGCCGCUCAGCGUCGCGGGAGCCGGACGGCGCAGGCCGGUCCAGGCGCCUGGGGGGGGCGCCAUGUGGUUCAUGUACGUGCUGAGCUGGCUGUCGCUGUUCAUCCAGGUGGCAUUCAUCACUCUGGCCGUCGCGGCUGGACUGUACUACCUGGCCGAGCUGAUAGAAGAGUACACAGUGGCCACCAGCAGAAUCAUCAAAUACAUGAUCUGGUUCUCCACUGCAGUCCUGAUUGGCCUCUAUGUCUUUGAACACUUCCCCACCAGCAUGAUUGGCGUGGGCCUUUUCACCAACCUCGUCUACUUUGGCCUUCUCCAGACCUUCCCCUUCAUCAUGCUGACAUCACCUAACUUCAUCCUGUCAUGCGGGCUAGUGGUGGUGAACCAUUACCUGGCAUUUCAGUUUUUUGCAGAAGAAUAUUACCCUUUCUCUGAGGUCCUGGCCUACUUCACAUUCUGCCUGUGGAUAAUCCCGUUUGCUUUCUUCGUGUCACUUUCUGCUGGGGAGAAUGUCCUCCCAUCUACCAUGCAGCCAGGAGAUGACGUGGUCUCCAAUUAUUUCACCAAAGGCAAGCGAGGCAAGCGCUUAGGCAUCCUGGUGGUCUUCUCCUUCAUCAAAGAAGCCAUCCUACCCAGUCGGCAGAAGAUAUACUGAGCCUUUGGGGAGGGCAUGUGGGGGGCAAGACCAGCAGAGCCAGGCCCUGGGAGCCUGGAGGGUAUCUUCUGCCAGCCCAGGUUUCCCUCCCCUCUGUUGUGAAGCCCCAUCCCCACCCUCCCUGAGGGGGCUUGAAUGCUGCCAGGGGUAGCAGAGAGGGUAGCAGAACCUGAUUUGCCAGGAGUCUAUGUCCCCAGCCCUCCCCUUCCUGGAGUCGGGUCUGGCUCAGAUAGGGCAGGCAGGGAAGGGUCUGUGAAGAUGGGGAACAGACAGCAAGUUCCUAGGCAGGUGAGUAUAGGGAGGAGCAGAGAGUUAGUGCUUCUGGAAAAGUACAUUUUGCUGUCUUGUCCAAUGCUGGUUCCCUUUGAAUAAAGAUCCAAGGUGGCACUGUUUGCCUUAACACCUCAGGAGUCCAUCUUCCUCUAUACCUGCUAACCUUCUGCCUAGACCGGGCUAGCCUUCUACUCCGUGGAUUCCUCUUCUGGCUCUUGCCCUUCUGAAGAAAUUCUUGUGGCCCUAAGUGGGAAGGGAAUAGAGAUGAUGAGUGGAUACAGGCAGCUUUUCUGAGGCUUCUCCCUCUUUCCCAUGUCUUCCCCAGACCAUGAUAGUCCAGAUGGGAGGGAUCAGGGACAGUUUAUGACUGGGUUAGGGAUGUAGAAGGCCAUCUACAAUGUCAUAUGUAUGUCUUCCUUUAAGGAGAGGAGAAGUUUCUUGGUGAAUUCUAUCUCAGGCUCAAUGAAAAAAAUAAUAAAUUGGUUUCUAGGCAGCCUAAGGCUUGUUUCCUGAGAGAGGCUGCCGUCCAGAGCCUCAUACUCCUGUGCUUCUGGCUCUUGGAGGGAUGUAAGCUCUGCCUUCUAAGAAGGUGGGCCCCAUCCUGGGCACAGACCUGCAUCUGUUGACCUUGCACUUCAACUACAGUGCCUUGCAAGGGUUCAGCAGUACAUGGAAUCAAGGUCCCACAAGAACUGCCACUGGACAGGCAUGGGGAAGAUCCCUGUUCAUGAACAUCUUCUGUUUCCUGCAUCCUUCAUCUCAUCAGCUCUUGUGUUUCUGUUGAGUCUCAGCUUGCCAUUACCUGAAUUUUAUUUUGCAGCUACUGGUAAGAUCUCCAGACCUAUUUCUGCCACUUGGGUGGGUGAAGGUAUGGGUCAUGAGGCUGAUGCUCAUUGGCAGCCUGAGACUGACCCCACUUGGCCUUGCUGUCCACUUCUUUAUCUUCGUUCAUCUUACCUGCUGAUCAUUGCUUGGACAGAGGCUUUUCCAGGCUAAACCUGGUAGAGUCAUCACUUGGAGUAGGUGACACAGCUGAUGGCCUUCUUGACUUACACUUCCUUGGCACUUCUGUAGCUGGCUUUCCCUUUACCUCUCUGCCCAUUCAGUCUGUAUAGGGUUCUCUCUUGUCCUAUGCACACAGUUGCUCUUUGGCUGGGUUAUGAAUUGCCUGAAGAAGUCCAGCCCUGCUGAGGGACACUGGAGGAAGCCAGGGCCAACUUUCAACUCCAAUUCCUCUGUAGCUUAGCCACAGUUCUGCUGCCUUCUGGGCACAGGAACAAUUUUACCUCAAAAUCUGCUCUUUCUAGUACCUGCCCUGGUCCCAUGAUGGCUCAGGAGCCAAGCAGAAUCUUGCUUUCUCUUUCUGCCCUACAUCCAGUCUAUUCUUAGUAGCUCUUUAUCUGAGCCACUCCUGUCAUCUUUCUCCUAGUUUUUAAACAGUCUCCUUUGUUUCUCUAUCCCAUGGCCAGCUGGAGUAGUUUUCCUAAAGUGUACAGUUGGCCAAGUCUUUCUUGGCCUCAAACUUUGCUCCAGCUCUCCACUGCCCUUAGGAUAAAGUCCAGACUCCUUAGCAUGUUGUGUGAGGCUCCUGGUGUCCUGGUCCCUACUGGCCUCAUCAUUUGCCUCCUGUAUGCAGAGACCAUGGUUCUCUUGCAGCUUUGAUAUCCAUCCCUCCACUCACUGUGGUAGUUUGCCACUUUUCCACUUAGGUUUUACCAAGGAACCUUGAAUGUCCCUUCUCCCCAGCUGACACACAGAUCCUGGGCUCACUGGCCUGUGGUAUGGUCUGUCCCCCACUAGACUGGAAGCUCCUUGAGGGCAGGGAAAACCCUUGGACUUUUGUAUUAUCAACUACCUGAUUUUGGCACCUGGCCCAUGGAAAGCACUCAAUAAAUGUUUUGUUUAAAGA